ACUCUUCCAUUUUGCCAUUUUGCCAAAGCAAAUUCAAGCCACACUCAAACAAAACAACCAUGCCCGUCGAGAACCAGGAACAGAUUGCCACUGACGUUGCCGUCGCCCCCGUCGAGCCCACCGAGGUCAAGGAGCGCGUGACCGAGAAGCGCUCGCAGGACGAGACGAUCGAGAGCGACAAGAUUGUCGAAACAGCAGCGACCAACGACGCUGUGACUGAGGCUCCGGCCUCGCCCGCCACCAAGGUUGUGCGUCUGGAAGAGUCUGCCGACAAGGCCGACGGCGCCAAGACGACCGAGGCGGAGGACAAGGCCGCCAAGGCUGAAGAAGCCAAGGCGAUCGACGACGCCAAGGUCGACAACGCCAACGAGGCCGCCAAGGACGAUGCCGGCAAGGCCGAGUCUGCCAAGGACGUUGAGGCUGUUGCUCCCAAGUCCGAUUGAGCACAUUGAAAGUGCGCAAUGAGAAUGCGACAAGGUCGCGUUUGCUUCAUUCUGCUCGCCUUUCUCUUUCAUUCUGCUCGCCUUUCUCUGCUCCUUUGCCCCCUUCCGUUAACAUGCUGCAGCAUGUGUUUGUUCAUGCUGGUGCCAUUGUGCUUGUGUUUUGUGUGUGUGUGUGUGCGUGUGUGUGUGUGUGUGCUUGUGAAUGUUUUGUGUGAGGCUCUCGUGACGAAUACAUCUCGAAGCCAAUCCAAAUCCCUUUUGCGCGA